AUGCUAACAUAUUUCUCGCGGUACGGUCCGGUGGCUGACACGUGGCUCUACCGAUCAUCCGACCCUGCCAAGAUGAAUCUGCCUCCCUACGGCUUCGUGACUUUCCGCAAUGCCGCUGAUGCCGAUGCGGCCGUCGUGAGCGAGCACGAUUACCAAGGAAUAUAUGAGGCUAUUUUCCUGGGUGGUCAUACUCUUGAUGAUUCUAACACUGUGAACUACGCUACUAUGAAGAAGAGUGUCUCGUCGUCUUCUGGCACGUUGGAGUCGGCCAUACCGAGUGGUGACCUGGAUGACGCGGCAGUGGGGUCAAUAGCUGCAUCGGGCAUCAUGAUUGCCACCUCAACUGAGGCUGAGCUUGGAGAGUUCUUCUCACAAUGGGGAUUGUUGUUGAUUCAGCGAGCUACUAUCACAAUGAAAGGUGGAUUCGGCAAAGGAAAGGGUGGAAAAGGUGGAAAAGGCAAAGGUAAGGGCCAUCGCGCCCCGCUGGGCCCCCCGGAGUGGGUAGAAGAGCUUGGUGAGAUGAUUCAUGUCUGUGAGGAUGAGAUGGUCUGCAAGUGUACUCACACUAAGGUGCCCUACUUCAACGGCCGUGUGUUCCUCGAGAACAAGAGCCAAAUCGGGCAGGUCGAUGAGAUUCUCGGACCCAUCAAUGAGUUCUACUUCUCUGUGAAGAUGCAAGAGGGAGUGGUCGCUAAGAGCUUCAAGAAGGGUCAAAAGGUUUACAUCGACGGCAACCAGACUCUUCCCUUGGAACGGUUCCUCCCUGUGAAGAAGAGUAUCGGUCCUAAGAAACACGCCGCUGGCGGCAAGGGUAAGGGCGGCAAGGGUAAAGGAGGCAAGGGUAAAGGAGGAAAGGGCAAGGGCUUCGGCAAGGGCAAGGGCUCUGGUAAGGGCAAGGGGCAUUCCGGCAAGGGCAAGGGUAAGGGAAGAUGGUAA